CUAUUUUCCUCGAAAGUACGUAAUGUCACGAUUCCAAAGCUAUACAAUAUCACAGAUAGCAAGUUGAUCGUCUUACAUCUUGGAAAAUAUUUGUAAUGUUGUACUUAUUGUUGAAGAAGUUCAUGCUUAUAUUGGAUUUUUGAGUUUAGCGUCCAAUUAACUCACAUUCACACCUUGAAGGAGAGCUCUCCUUGUCCCAGAAUCGCCCAGAAUGAACAGCGUGGCUCUUCAACGUAACAAGGGCAACGUACACAAUGGGCGGCAAUACUAUUCCAAUAGAGUUUCCCCAUCUCUUCAAAAUGAUCUCUGUGGUGUUUCACCAGGGUUCCCGGAUGUCUCGCGAUACUGCGUUUACAAACGAUUGAACACUGCGACACCUCUGGUACGCUGCUAUUUUGUGUCCUUCCCGACGCUACCUUUUCCACAGCGAGAAUGGUGCAGCUGCACGUGAAACGUGGUGACGAAAGCCAGUUCCUGUUCAGCACGUCAGUCGACGUCCCGUUGGAAACCCUGACCCAGCAGGUCACAGCCAUCUAUAACACCAGGCUCAAAGUAGACAGGAUAUGCUCAGAGUUCCCGGAGCUGGUGGACCACGGGGUGACGCUGCCCCCCAACAUGCAGGGUCUGACGGAUGAACAGAUUGUUGACCUGAAGCUAAAAGACGAGUGGGAGGAGAGGUGUGUCCCCAGCGGAGGACCUGAAUUCAACAAAGAUGAGAUCGGAAGGAGGAACGGACACGCUCCUAACCAGAAGAUGAAGGAGGUGCUGAGGAACACUAUGGAGGAGGCCAAGGCAGUCAUCUCUAAGAAACAGGCGGUGGCUGGUGUGUGUGUUACCAUGGAGACGGUGAAGGAGGCGCUGGACCAGCUGAGGGGCGCGGUGAUGAUUGUCUACCCCAUGGGCUUGCCGCCACACGACCCAAUCAGGAUGGAGCUGGAGGACCAGGAGGACCUGUCAGGAACACAGGCAUCUCUCCAGGUGAUUCCAGUGGAGGAGGCUCAGCUGUGGUGGGCUGCUAAGGAGUUGCAUAGAGGGAAGAAACUACAGGAUUACAUCGGCAAGAACGACAAAACCAAGAUCGUAGUCAAAAUACAGAAGAGGGGCCAGGGGGCGCCAGCCAGAGAACCUGUGGUCACAGAGGAACAACAGAAACAGAUGAUGAUGCACCACUACAAGAGACAACAGGAACUCAAGAUGCUGGACGAGGUGGAAGACGACAGUCACCUCCACUCAGACUGGUCAGACAGACAGGCCUUAAAGAGACAGUUCCAGGGCCUCAAUAACAUCAAGUGGGGUCCCAGAUAGACACACGUCUUUAUUUAGUUAUUUUUUAAUACAAAUUGUAAGCUUAAAUUUACAAAAAAAAUAAAGUUGGUUCUGCAAUGUUGAAAAUAAAGUGUGUUGACAAAAAAAAAGUGUUUGAAAUAUAUAUUUAGCCGUAACUAUAUACACACGCCAACACACAGAGGGAGACAGAACCCACACACUCACUAUUGAUGCCAUAACCCAAUGGACUGUUGUUCUACAGAAAUAUUGUUCUCUCCAACCUCUGUUGCUCCACCUGGAAUCUGUUCACUGUUGUCUGUGUGCCUGUCCAUGUUUUUUUAAAUGUUCUGUCCAUCAUCUUUAUUUAAGCUUAGGCCACGUGACAUAGAAAUGUCACAUUGGAAAUUGUCAAUAAUACGUAUCGUAAUGAACUGAUCAAUCUUGCAUGUAUUGAUCCCAAUGUCCUCUCUCUCUCUUUGGCCGGGAUUCAAGCCAAGCCGGGGCUCAACCUUUUUUUCUUCUUUGAGUCUCUGAUGGCACAGCUGGCGCUGCAGUACAGCGCCCUUAACCACUGCGUCACCCGGGAGGCCCCGUGUUUCAACCUUUUAAAGGUGCUACAUAUCUCCUGCGGAAGCAAGGUGAAUUGACGCAACAACGCAUCCCAUUUCCCCGUAACAUGGUGUAGAGGUUAUUAUAUUACAGUUUUGUCCACCAACUUCAAACAGCAGUAAAAAUGAUCGUUUUUGUUAUUGAAAAUAUUUCACAGGGAUUUAGAUUUAAUACAGGGAUUUAGAUUUAAUACAGGGAUUUAGAUUUAAUACAGGGAUUUAGAUUUAAUACAGGGAUUCCCUACUUUAUUCAGUGCUUGUUUUCUCACAUAAACUGAAAUUGAACGAAGAGUGUAGAAUUUUAGCAACCAGGAAAUUACAGAACGAUUUUUCCAUUCUGUCAUUGUUGGUUGUGAUCAAGGAGGAGAGGACACCGCCUCCUAGUGACACCGAUGGAACAGAGUGAGGGUGCAGUUUCCCAUCGUGACAACAAAGGCAGUUCUGGCUUUUGUUGUCUAAUAGAAAGUUAACAUUUUUGAAUGUAAUUAAAAUAUAUAUAUUGUGAAACACUAUCAUUCCACUAUUACUGCAGAUAUAUUAUGUAAAUGUCCUAAAAUUACAAUGCAAUAGUCCUUUUGUAAUGAUCUUUAAAAGUUUGAUGUAGUGUGCAGCGUUAUAACGAGUCUUGCAUUGAAUCCCGGCCUCUCUCUCUCUCUCUGUGUGUGUGUUCACUGACUCCAUGUUGAGUCAUGGGUAGUUGACGUCCGGUAUUCUGGGUGUAUCAAUCAGAACUUUCACUAAGGAGGAUGCACCUCGCUUCCUCUCUUUGUCCCAGCCUGGGCCAACCAGGCCUCUGUAACCCAGUGCUUCAUACAGCCAGGAUGUUACCACACCACAAUUACACCCUAUUCACUAUGGAGUGCAUUACUUUUGACAAGGGCCCUAAUGAACUAAUGGGGCCUGGUCAAAAGUAGUGCACUAUAUAAUCUAUUUGGGAUACACCCACAGCCUCGCUCCACAGGGGGAAGUUCUAGAGUUCACACUGAAGGUUCCAGAACAACAGAGGGGUGAAGGUUCCAGAACAACAGAGGGGUGAAGGUUUCAGAACAACAGAGGAGGGGUGAAGGUUUCAGAACAACAGAGGAGGGGUGAAGGUUUUCAGAACAACAGAGGAGGGGUGAAGGUUUUCAGAACAACAGAGGAGGGGUGAAGGUUUUCAGAACAACAGAGGAGGGGUGAAGGUUUUCAGAACAACAGAGGAGGGGUGAAGGUUUUCAGAACAACAGAGGAGGGGUGAAGGUUUUCAGAACAACAGAGGAGGGGUGAAGGUUUUCAGAACAACAGAGGAGGGGUGAAGGUUUUCAGAACAACAGAGGAGGGGUGAAGGUUUUCAGAACAACAGAGGAGGGGUGAAGGUUUUCAGAACAACAGAGGAGGGG